CCUGGACUCGCCGCAGAGCCAGGUAAGCGGCGCUCGCAGGCCUCGGGCAGGGCACUGGGACCGGGAUGCUGCCGGGGACGGGGUUGAGGCCGUAAGGAUGCGCGAAGGGCCGCCCCCUCUCCCGGUCCGCGGGGGCGCUUGGCGCUGCGCCGGGGCUAGCGCGAGGCCCGGCCUCAGGCCCCACGCGGCCCCUUUCCCCCUCGGGCCCACGGUGCGUCCCGCGGCACGGACCCUCUGCCCGGGAGGCGCGAGCACGUUGCGGAGUUCCGGCGCGGCGGCGGGGUAGCCCCAGCAGCAGGUGCGCGGCCUGGGCCGGAGCCGCCAGCCCGGGAGGAGGCGGUGCUAAUCUCAGGGACCGGAGACACCUGCGGUGGCCGCGAGCCCGGCGGCGGCGACAUACUCGGGUCCAGUGCAGAAUACAGAAACUGCAGCCAUGACCACGCACGUCACCCUGGAAGAUGCCCUGUCCAACGUGGACCUGCUUGAAGAGCUUCCCCUCCCUGACCAGCAGCCAUGCAUCGAGCCUCCGCCUUCCUCCAUCAUGUACCAGGCUAACUUUGACACGAACUUCGAGGACAGGAAUGCAUUUGUCACGGGCAUUGCAAGGUACAUUGAGCAGGCUACGGUUCACUCCAGCAUGAAUGAGAUGCUGGAGGAAGGACAUGAGUAUGCGGUCAUGCUGUACACCUGGCGCAGCUGUUCCCGGGCCAUUCCCCAGGUGAAAUGCAACGAGCAGCCCAACAGAGUAGAGAUCUAUGAGAAGACAGUGGAGGUGCUGGAGCCGGAGGUCACCAAGCUCAUGAAGUUCAUGUAUUUUCAGCGCAAGGCCAUCGAGCGGUUCUGCAGCGAGGUGAAGCGGCUGUGCCACGCCGAGCGCAGGAAGGACUUUGUCUCUGAGGCCUACCUCCUGACCCUGGGCAAGUUCAUCAACAUGUUUGCUGUCCUAGAUGAGCUAAAGAACAUGAAGUGCAGCGUCAAGAAUGACCACUCUGCCUACAAAAGGGCGGCACAGUUCCUGCGGAAGAUGGCGGAUCCCCAGUCUAUCCAAGAGUCGCAGAACCUUUCCAUGUUCCUGGCCAACCACAACAGGAUCACCCAGUGUCUCCACCAGCAACUGGAAGUGAUCCCAGGCUACGAGGAGCUGCUGGCUGACAUUGUCAAUAUCUGCGUGGAUUACUACGAGAACAAGAUGUACCUGACCCCCAGUGAGAAACACAUGCUCCUCAAGGUGAUGGGCUUUGGCCUCUACCUAAUGGAUGGAAAUGUCAGUAACAUUUACAAACUGGAUGCCAAGAAGAGAAUUAAUCUUAGCAAAAUUGAUAAAUUCUUUAAGCAGCUGCAGGUGGUGCCCCUUUUCGGCGACAUGCAGAUAGAGCUGGCCAGAUACAUUAAGACCAGUGCUCACUAUGAAGAGAACAAGUCCAAGUGGACGUGCACCCAGAGCAGCAUCAGCCCCCAGUACAAUAUCUGUGAGCAGAUGGUUCAGAUCCGGGAUGACCACAUCCGCUUCAUCUCCGAGCUUGCUCGCUACAGCAACAGUGAGGUGGUGACGGGCUCAGGGCUGGACAGCCAGAAGUCAGACGAGGAGUAUCGCGAGCUCUUCGACUUAGCCCUGCGGGGUCUGCAGCUUCUAUCCAAGUGGAGCGCCCAUGUCAUGGAGGUGUACUCUUGGAAGCUGGUUCAUCCCACAGACAAGUUCUGCAACAAGGACUGUCCUGGCACCGCAGAAGAAUAUGAGAGAGCCACGCGCUACAAUUACACCAGUGAGGAAAAAUUUGCCUUCGUUGAGGUGAUCGCCAUGAUCAAAGGCCUGCAGGUGCUCAUGGGCAGGAUGGAGAGUGUCUUCAACCAGGCCAUCAGGAACACCAUCUACGCAGCAUUGCAGGACUUCGCCCAGGUGACGCUGCGUGAGCCCCUGCGGCAGGCGGUACGGAAGAAGAAGAACGUCCUCAUCAGUGUCCUACAGGCAAUUCGAAAGACCAUCUGUGACUGGGAGGGAGGGCGAGAGCCCCCUAAUGACCCAUGCUUGAGAGGGGAGAAGGACCCCAAAGGUGGAUUUGACAUCAAGGUGCCCCGGCGUGCUGUGGGGCCGUCCAGCACACAGCUGUACAUGGUGCGGACCAUGCUUGAAUCGCUCAUUGCAGACAAAAGCGGCUCCAAGAAGACCCUGAGGAGCAGCCUCGAUGGACCCAUUGUCCUCGCCAUAGAGGACUUUCACAAACAGUCCUUCUUCUUCACACAUCUGCUGAACAUCAGUGAAGCCCUGCAGCAGUGUUGCGACCUCUCCCAGCUCUGGUUCCGAGAAUUCUUCCUGGAGUUAACCAUGGGCCGACGAAUCCAGUUCCCCAUUGAGAUGUCCAUGCCCUGGAUUCUAACGGACCAUAUCCUGGAAACCAAAGAACCUUCCAUGAUGGAGUAUGUCCUCUACCCUUUGGAUCUGUACAACGACAGCGCCUACUAUGCUCUGACCAAGUUUAAAAAGCAGUUCCUGUAUGAUGAGAUCGAAGCUGAGGUGAACCUGUGCUUUGAUCAGUUUGUCUACAAGCUGGCAGACCAGAUCUUUGCUUACUACAAAGCCAUGGCCGGCAGUGUCCUGUUGGAUAAACGUUUUCGAGCUGAGUGUAAGAAUUAUGGUGUCAUCAUUCCUUAUCCACCGUCCAAUCGCUAUGAAACACUGCUGAAACAGAGACACGUCCAGCUGUUGGGUAGAUCAAUUGACCUGAACAGACUCAUUACCCAGCGCAUCUCUGCCGCCAUGUAUAAAUCCCUGGACCAGGCUAUCAGCCGCUUUGAGAGUGAGGAUCUGACCUCCAUUGUGGAGCUGGAGUGGCUGCUGGAGAUUAACCGGCUUACGCACCGGCUGCUCUGUAAGCACAUGACGCUGGACAGCUUCGAUGCCAUGUUCCGGGAGGCCAAUCACAAUGUGUCCGCCCCCUAUGGCCGUAUCACCCUACAUGUCUUCUGGGAACUGAACUUUGACUUCCUCCCCAACUACUGCUACAAUGGGUCCACGAACCGUUUUGUGCGGACUGCCAUUCCUUUCACUCAAGAACCACAACGAGACAAACCUGCCAACGUCCAGCCUUAUUACCUUUAUGGAUCCAAGCCUCUCAACAUUGCCUACAGCCACAUCUACAGCUCCUACAGGAAUUUCGUGGGGCCACCUCAUUUCAAGACUAUCUGCAGACUCCUGGGUUACCAGGGCAUCGCUGUGGUCAUGGAGGAACUGCUAAAGAUCGUGAAGAGCUUGCUCCAAGGAACCAUUCUCCAGUAUGUGAAAACACUGAUAGAGGUGAUGCCCAAGAUAUGCCGCUUGCCCCGACAUGAGUAUGGCUCCCCAGGGAUCCUGGAGUUCUUCCACCACCAGCUGAAGGACAUCAUUGAGUACGCAGAGCUCAAAACAGAUGUGUUCCAGAGCCUGAGGGAAGUGGGCAAUGCCAUCCUCUUCUGCCUCCUCAUAGAGCAAGCUCUGUCUCAGGAGGAGGUCUGCGAUUUGCUCCAUGCUGCACCCUUCCAAAACAUCCUGCCUAGAGUCUACAUCAAAGAAGGGGAGCGCCUGGAAGUCCGGAUGAAACGUCUGGAAGCCAAGUAUGCCCCACUCCACCUGGUCCCUCUGAUCGAGCGGCUGGGGACUCCUCAGCAAAUCGCCAUCGCUCGCGAGGGUGACCUUCUGACCAAGGAGCGGCUGUGCUGUGGCCUGUCCAUGUUCGAGGUCAUCCUGACCCGCAUUCGGAGCUACCUGCAGGACCCCAUCUGGCGAGGCCCGCCGCCCACCAAUGGCGUCAUGCACGUCGAUGAAUGUGUGGAGUUCCACCGGCUGUGGAGCGCCAUGCAGUUCGUCUACUGCAUCCCUGUGGGAACCAACGAGUUCACAGCUGAAUUAAGAGACUUGGCCCAAAGACAGGCCUGCUUAGUAGCUGUACUCCUGGCCCAAGAUGAGGCUCCCUCCCUCCCUGCCCUCCUCCGCCACCUGUCUCUCCAGCUGCUUCCUCCCCCUGCUCCUAGGCAGUGUUUCGGCGAUGGCUUGAACUGGGCUGGUUGCUCUAUCAUCGUCCUGCUGGGCCAGCAGCGUCGCUUCGACCUGUUCGACUUCUGUUACCACCUGCUAAAAGUGCAGAGGCAGGACGGGAAGGAUGAAAUCAUUAAGAAUGUGCCCCUGAAGAAAAUGGCCGACCGGAUCAGGAAGUACCAGAUCUUGAACAAUGAGGUUUUUGCCAUCCUGAACAAGUACAUGAAGUCUGUGGAGACAGACAGUUCCACUGUGGAGCAUGUGCGCUGCUUCCAGCCGCCCAUCCACCAGUCCUUGGCCACCACUUGUUAAGCAGUAGGUCCUGCAGACCCUUUUCUGGAAGAGGAAGAGAAGUAGGAGAGAGAAAGCCACAGCCAGCCUGCCACAGGAUCCAACUGGACAACGUGUGGGAUGGACCUGGAAACAAGCACCUCCCCAAACACAUCACCACUCCCUAGGGCGGGGCCUGUGCAUGCUCUCCCAUGACAUCUCCAUGCUGGUUUCUUCAUAGCAUAAAUGAAAAAAAAAAAGGAAACAGGGCAGUGUGUGCUUUUUCUUUUCUCCCUGCUGAACUAUGUUAAGAACUCCUAGUUUCCCCCUUUCUCCAUCCCAUCAUCCCACCCAUCUGUGGUUGCUUCCCAAGACCUCCUUCCAAGAUGGACGCCUCCUACCCAGUGCCCAUGUGUGACCCCAGGACGCAAGUCUCAGCUGUGAACACAGAUGUGGCCGUGCCCAGAGAUGCCAGCCUGGCCAGAAGGGCAUGCCUCAGCUUACUACUUCAUCUCUCCUGGUUCUCUCCAUGCAGUACCCUAGGUGGCAACUUCUCCCACUCUGGGUACCAGGGAUUCUACCACAUAGGCUUCCCAAAGCCCCAUUCCAACUCCCUUCUGUCAGGGAAGUCCUAGAGAGAGGUCCAAACAGCAUUCACAGCUGUAUCACACUCCAUGCAGGUAGGGUAGGAGACUGGUCAGGCCUGCUGUGGGGAAGCGGUAUGUAUGAACACAGCCAGAAAUGUCCUAGUCCAAACAGGAUGCUUUCAGGCCAUCUCAGCUGCUUGAUGGUGAGAUGGUUCCCUUAUUCCUAUGGGAAAGGCUUAACAUUGGGCCACAUAGGGGAAGCAGCUUUGAACAAAUCAGUCAUAGCACUGCCUACAGCAUUAGCCAGUGACCGAAUUAUGGGCCACUUCUUGACACAGAAAUGCUUAUCAAGGAACAUUUCCACAAGAAAUAAAAUAUUAAGGGGUUAUUUCCACAGAGGCCCAAAAAGUCUUAGAAACACAGAGGUGAGGAGGAGUAUUAAUAAUUGUCAAUGAGCUUUUAAUACCAGGAUAUGCCCCCUGCCCCCAAAGAAGAGUCUUCUUUUAGGGAAUCAACUUCCAUUGUCCUAGAAGCUGAAAGAUUCUUGGAACAUUUUAGCUUUUACUCUCAACUUGCUGUUCUCUUUACAUUCCUUAAGUUAGACUUUGGGGUGUGACUUCCCUCCCAGGGGUAACAAUUACUUCCAUUUUCUAGACCAAACCAAAAGUCUUCUGCAAAAUCUCCCACUGAGUGUGAUAAGACCAUUGAGAAAGAUAAAAGUCUUUAGGAUAUAAAUUUCUUGUUACAGAGCAUGUCAUUGUCAAAGCAAAUCUGUGGCCCUGAGGUUUUAAGAACAUCAAAUGUGACAUUUGAUAUUUCUCCAGCCCAGGGAAGUAAAAUGGUUGCCUUAAUCAAAUGGUCCCAUUUUUAACCCCAAAGGAAGUGCCCACAGCAAGAGGUUUGCGUGAUGCACUUAUGUCCUCCAGUGACGAAAGGUGGGGCCACAUGAAAGGCCCCUUAGGUCAGAGAGUAGCACAUUUGAGUGCAGAUUCCUGGACCCCACCUCAAACCUACUAAUUCUGGAUCUCUGAGAAUAGGGCCAGGAAAUCUGCCCUUUUUACAAGCUACCCAAGUUAUUCUGUUGCACAUCAAUGUUUGGGAACCACUGCUGUAAGGGAAACAUUCUGGUCACCUUGAGCUUUGAGCUACCACUAAGCCAUCAAAGAAAAUACAUACAGGGAAGAGAGAAGGGAGGAGAUUCCAAGUAGAAACUGGCAGAUCCUCCUCUCUGGGAGGUACCACCUUCUAUUCUGAUUUCUGACUUUUCCUUCUUGAUGACCACAGAUAUGUUCCAGAGGCAAAAGAGAGACAUUACCCCACAUGGCAGAGAACAUGCUUUCAAAACAUAUAAAAUGUCAAAGUUCCAGAUCCUUCUACAUCUUUAGUCCUGUCUGAGGUUGGUAGCUGGCUCUCUGUAGCUGAUAGAUGGCUAGAGUUCCAUCCAAAUCCCUGACCACGACUUCGUGGAGAUUUGACUUAUCUAUUUGAUAAAAUUUCUAUUUCAAUAACCCACCUCUCUCACCCCACAUUUAUAUCCCUAAAUUUGACCCUCUGGGCCAAGUCAUAUUACCUUCAGGAGACUUGAUCCCAGUAGAUUGAGGUCUUCCCUUUCAGCAGAAAGAUUUAUUUCCCUGGCUUGCCAGUGGCACUGAUUUCCUAACACCCAAUGAGUUUAAUAUUCUUUCCUCCCUGGCAUUACUGCCCAAGCCUCUUUUGAUUUUUUAUUUUGUGUGUGUCUAAUGACCAGGAAAAAAAUAAAGCUUAGGUUUUAAAAAGUUUUAAAAAAAAUGUUUCAGAAACUGUCAAAUGUACCAUAUUUGUAUUAAGAAUUGUUGGGAAUUUUUGUACAAUGAAUUUACAUUUAUUUAUGGUGACUUAUAUUUACGCUUGUGAUCAAAUAAUGAUGUUAAAUUCUUAAAUCAUAUUUGCUAUGCAGCUGAAGAUGAUAUUUUGAUUUGUAUUUUGGGGGUACCUGUGUUGAGUUGAUAAACAUUUCCAUCUUCAUUAAAACUGCUUCCAAACUAGUAAAACCA